AUGGAGGUACCGCGUCUGUGCGUGUUCUGGUUCGGGACUUUACUGUUCGGAUGUUUCCUGCUGGAGCAAAGCGUGUUGUGUGUCCAGUGUUGUGUGUCCAGCGUUGUGUGUCCAGUGUUGUGUGUCCAGCGUUGUGUGUCCAGUGUGUUGUGUGUCCAGCGUUGUGUGUCCAGUGUUGUGUGUCCAGUGUUGUGUGUCCAGCGUUGUGUGUCCAGUGUUGUGUGUCCAGCGUUGUGUGUCCAGUGUUGUGUGUCCAGUGUUGUGUGUCCAGCGUUGUGUGUCCAGUGUUGUGUGUCCAGCGUUGUGUGUCCAGUGUUGUGUGUCCAGUGUUGUGUGUCCAGUGUUGUGUGUCCAGUGUUGUGUGUCCAGCGUUGUGUGUCCAGUGUUGUGUGUCCAGCGUUGUGUGUCCAGUGUUGUGUGUCCAGUGUUGUGUGUCCAGGUUGUGUGUCCAGUGUUGUGUGUCCAGCGUUGUGUGUCCAGUGUUGUGUGUCCAGCGUUGUGUGUCCAGUGUUGUGUGUCCAGUGUUGUGUGUCCAGCGUUGUGUGUCCAGUGUUGUGUGUCCAGCGUUGUGUGUCCAGUGUUGUGUGUCCAGUGUUGUGUGUCCAGUGUUGUGUGUCCAGUGUGUGUGUCCAGUGUUGUGUGUCCAGCGUUGUGUGUCCAGUGUUGUGUGUCCAGUGUUGUGUGUCCAGUGUUGUGUGUCCAGUGUUGUGUGUCCAGCGUUGUGUGUCCAGUGUUGUGUGUCCAGUGUUGUGUGUCCAGUGUUGUGUGUCCAGUGUGUGGUGUCCAGCGUUGUGUGUCCAGUGUUGUGUGUCCAGUGUUGUGUGUCCAGCGUUACCUCUCUCCUCAGACCUCUCUCGGUUCAGACUCUCUCUCCUCAGACCUCUCUCCUCAGACUCUCUCUCCUCAGACUCUCUCUCCUCAGACUCUCUCUCCUCAGACCUCUCUCCUCAGACUCUCUCCUCAGACUCUCUCUCUCCUCAGACUCUCUCUCCUCAGACUCUCCUCAGACUCUCUCCUCAGACUCUCUCUCUCAGACUCUCUCUCCUCAGACCUCUCUCCUCAGACUCUCUCCUCAGACUCUCUCUCCUCAGACUCUCUCCUCAGACUCUCUCCUCAGACUCUCUCUCCUCAGACUCUCUAUCCUCAGACUCUCUCUCCUCAGACUCUCUCUCCUCAGACUCUCUCUCCUCAGACUCUCUCUCCUCAGACCUCUCUCCUCAGACUCUCUCUCCUCAGACUCUCUCUCCUCAGACCUCUCUCCUCAGACCUCUCUCCUCAGACUCUCUCUCCUCAGACUCUCUCCUCAGACUACUCUCCUCAGACUCUCUCCUCAGACUCUCUCCUCAGACUCUCUCUCAGACACUCUCUCCUCCUCGCGCCUCAGACCUCUCUCCUCAGACUCUCUCUCCUCAGACCUCUCUCCUCAGACUCUCUCUCUCCUCAGACCUCUCUCUCCUCAGACUCUCUCCUCAGACUCUCUCUCCUCAGACUCUCUCUCCUCAGACUCUCUCCUCAGACUCUCUCUCCUCAGACUCUCUCCUCAGACUCUCUCUCCUCAGACUCUCUCCUCAGACUCUCUCUCCUCAGACUCUCUCUCCUCAGACUCUCUCCUCAGACUCUCUCAACUCCUCCUCAGACUCUCUCCUCAACUCUCUCCUCAGACUCUCUCUCCUCAGACUCUCUCUCCUCAGACCUCUCUCCUCAGACUCUCUUCCUCAGACUCUCUCCUCAGACUCUCUCUCCUCAGACUCUCUCCUCAGACUCUCUCCUCAGACUCUCUCUCCUCAGACUCUCUCUCCUCAGACUCUCUCCCUCAGACACUCUCUCCUCAGACUCUCUCUCCUCAGACUCUCUCUCCUCAGACUCUCUCCUCAGACUCUCUCUCCUCAGACUCUCUCCUCAGACUCUCUCUCCUCAGACUCUCUCCUCAGACACUCUCUCUCCUCAGACUCUCUCUCUCUCAGACUCUCUCUCCUCAGACCUCUCUCCUCAGACCUCUCUCCUCAGACUCUCUCUCCUCAGACUCUCUCCUCAGACCUCUCUCCUCAGACUCUCUCUCCUCAGGACUCUCUCUCCUCAGACUCUCUCCUCAGACCUCUCUCCUCAGACUCUCUCCUCAGACUCUCUCUCCUCAGACUCUCUCCUCAGACUCUCUCCUCAGACUCUCUCUCCUCAGACUCUCUCUCCUCAGACCUCUCUCCUCAGACUCUCUCUCCUCAGACCUCUCUCCUCAGACCUCUCUCCUCAGACUCUCUCUCCUCAGACCUCUCUCCUCAGACCUCUCUCCUCAGACUCUCUCCUCAGACUCUCUCCUCACUGACUCUCUCUCCUCAGACUCUCUCUCCUCAGACCUCUCUCCUCAGACUCUCUCCUCAGACUCUCUCCUCAGACUCUCUCUCCUCAGACUCUCUCUCCUCAGACCUCUCUCCUCAGACUCUCUCCUCAGACUCUCUCCUCAGACUCUCUCUCCUCAGACUCUCUCUCCUCAGACUCUCUCUCCUCAGACUCUCUCUCCUCAGACUCUCUCUCCUCAGACUCUCUCUCCUCAGACCUCUCUCCUCAGACUCUCUCCUCAGACUCUCUCCUCAGACUCUCUCUCCUCAGACUCUCUCCUCAGACUCUCUCCUCAGACUCUCUCCUCAGACCUCUCUCCUCAGACCUCUCUCCUCAGACCUCUCUCCUCAGACCUCUCUCCUCAGACCUCUCUCCUCAGACUCUCUCUCCUCAGACCUCUCUCUCAGACUCUCUCUCCUCAGACUCUCUCCUCAGACCUCUCUCUCUCUCCUCCUCAGACCUCUCUCCUCAGACUCUCUCCUCAGACUCUCUCUCCUCAGACUCUCUCCUCAGACUCUCUCCUCAGACUCUCUCCUCAGACUCUCUCCUCAGACUCUCUCCUCAGACUCUCUCCUCAGACCUCUCUCCUCAGACUCUCUCCUCAGACUCUCUCCUCAGACUCUCUCCUCAGACUCUCUCUCCUCAGACCUCUCUCCUCAGACUCUCUCCUCAGACCUCUCUCCUCAGACUCUCUCCUCAGACCUCUCUCCUCAGACCUCUCUCCUCAGACCUCUCUCCUCAGACUCUCUCCUCAGACCUCUCUCCUCAGACUCUCUCCUCAGACCUCUCUCCUCAGACCUCUCUCCUCAGACUCUCUCUCCUCAGACCUCUCUCCUCAGACUCUCUCUCCUCAGACUCUCUCCUCAGACUCGACUCUCUCCUCAGACUCUCUCUCCUCAGACUCUCUCCUCAGACCUCUCCUCAGACCUCUCUCCUCAGACUCUCUCUCCUCAGACCUCUCUCCUCAGACUCUCUCUCUCCUCAGACUCUCUCUCCUCAGACUCUCUCUCCUCAGACCUCUCUCCUCAGACUCUCUCUCCUCAGACUCUCUCUCCUCAGACCUCUCUCCUCAGACUCUCUCCUCAGACUCUCUCCUCAGACUCUCUCUCCUCAGACUCUCUCCUCAGACCUCUCUCCUCAGACCUCUCUCCUCAGACUCUCUCUCUCUCUCCUCAGACUCUCUCCUCAGACUCUCUCUCCUCAGACUCUCUCUCCUCAGACCUCUCUCCUCAGACUCUCUCUCCUCAGACUCUCUCCUCAGACUCUCUCCUCAGACCUCUCUCCUCAGACUCUCUCCUCAGACUCUCUCUCCUCAGACUCUCUCUCCUCAGACUCUCUCCUCAGACUCUCUCCUCAGACUCUCUCCUCAGACUCUCUCUCCUCAGACUCUCUCCUCAGACCUCUCUCCUCAGACUCUCUCCUCAGACUCUCUCCUCAGACUCUCUCCUCAGACUCUCUCCUCAGACCUCUCUCCUCAGACCUCUCUCCUCAGACUCUCUCCUCAGACUCUCUCCUCAGACUCUCUCCUCAGACUCUCUCCUCAGACUCUCUCCUCAGACUCUCUCUCCUCAGACUCUCUCUCCUCAGACCUCUCUCCUCAGACUCUCUCCUCAGACUCUCUCCUCAGACUCUCUCUCCUCAGACCUCUCUCCUCAGACCUCUCUCCUCAGACUCUCUCCUCAGACUCUCUCCUCAGACCUCUCUCCUCAGACUCUCUCUCCUCAGACCUCUCUCCUCAGACCUCUCUCCUCAGACCUCUCUCCUCAGACUCUCUCCUCAGACUCUCCUCAGACUCUCUCCUCAGACUCUCUCCUCAGACUCUCUCCUCAGACUCUCUCCUCAGACUCUCUCCUCAGACUCUCUCCUCUCUCCUCAGACUCUCUCCUCAGACUCUCUCCUCAGACUCUCUCCUCAGACUCUCUCCUCAGACUCUCUCCUCAGACUCUCUCCUCAGACUCUCUCUCCUCAGACCUCUCUCCUCAGACUCUCUCCUCAGACUCUCUCCUCAGACUCUCUCCUCAGACUCUCUCCUCAGACUCUCUCUCCUCAGACCUCUCUCCUCAGACUCUCUCCUCAGACCUCUCUCCUCAGACCUCUCUCCUCAGACUCUCUCCUCAGACCUCUCUCCUCAGACCUCUCUCCUCAGACUCUCUCCUCAGACCUCUCUCCUCAGACUCUCUCCUCAGACUCUCUCUCCUCAGACUCUCUCUCCUCAGACUCUCUCCUCAGACUCUCUCCUCAGACUCUCUCCUCAGACUCUCUCCUCAGACUCUCUCCUCAGACUCUCUCUCCUCAGACUCUCUCCUCAGACUCUCUCUCCUCAGACUCUCUCCUCAGACUCUCUCCUCAGACUCUCUCUCCUCAGACUCUCUCCUCAGACUCUCUCCUCAGACUCUCUCUCCUCAGACUCUCUCCUCAGACUCUCUCCUCAGACUCUCUCUCCUCAGACCUCUCUCCUCAGACUCUCUCCUCAGACUCUCUCAGACUCUCUCUCCUCAGACUCUCUCCUCAGACUCUCUCCUCUCUCUCCUCAGACUCUCUCUCCUCAGACUCUCUCCUCAGACUCUCUCUCCUCAGACUCUCUCCUCAGACUCUCUCCUCAGACUCUCUCCUCAGACCUCUCUCCUCAGACUCUCUCUCCUCAGACUCUCUCCUCAGACCUCUCUCCUCAGACUCUCUCUCCUCAGACUCUCUCCUCAGACUCUCUCCUCAGACUCUCUCCUCAGACUCUCUCCUCAGACCUCUCUCCUCAGACCUCUCUCCUCAGACUCUCUCCUCAGACUCUCUCCUCAGACUCUCUCCUCAGACUCUCUCUCCUCAGACUCUCUCUCCUCAGACUCUCUCUCCUCAGACUCUCUCCUCAGACUCUCUCUCCUCAGACUCUCUCUCCUCAGACUCUCUCCUCAGACCUCUCUCCUCAGACCUCUCUCCUCAGACUCUCUCUCCUCAGACUCUCUCCUCAGCUCUCUCCUCAGACUCUCUCCUCAGACUCUCUCCUCAGACUCUCUCUCCUCAGACUCUCUCUCCUCAGACUCUCUCUCCUCAGACUCUCUCCUCAGACUCUCUCUCCUCAGACUCUCUCUCCUCAGACUCUCUCUCCUCAGACUCUCUCCUCAGACCUCUCUCCUCAGACUCUCUCUCCUCAGACUCUCUCUCCUCAGACUCUCUCUCCUCAGACUCUCUCCUCAGACCUCUCUCCUCAGACUCUCUCGCUCCUCAGACUCUCUCUCCUCAGACCUCUCUCCUCAGACUCUCUCCUCAGACCUCUCUCCUCAGACUCUCUCUCCUCACCUCUCUCCUCAGACUCUCCUCCUCAGACUCUCUCCUCAGACUCUCUCUCCUCAGACUCUCUCUCCUCAGACCUCUCUCCUCAGACCUCUCUCCUCAGACUCUCUCCUCAGACUCUCUCCUCAGACUCUCUCCUCAGACUCUCUCCUCAGACUCUCUCUCCUCAGACUCUCUCCUCAGACCUCUCUCCUCAGACUCUCUCCUCAGACCUCUCUCCUCAGACUCUCUCCUCAGACUCUCUCCUCAGACUCUCUCUCCUCAGACCUCUCUCCUCAGACUCUCUCCUCAGACUCUCUCCUCAGACUCUCUCCUCAGACUCUCUCUCCUCAGACUCUCUCCUCAGACUCUCUCUCCUCAGACUCUCUCCUCAGACUCUCUCCUCAGACUCUCUCCUCAGACUCUCUCCUCAGACCUCUCUCCUCAGACUCUCUCCUCAGACUCUCUCCUCAGACUCUCUCCUCAGACUCUCUCCUCAGACUCUCUCCUCAGACUCUCUCCUCUCUCUCCUCAGACUUCUCUCUCUCCUCAGACUCUCUCCUCAGACUCUCUCCUCAGACUCUCUCUCCUCAGACUCUCUCUCUCAGACUCUCUCCUCAGACUCUCUCCUCAGACUCUCUCUCCUCAGACUCUCUCUCCUCAGACUCUCUCCUCAGACUCUCUCCUCAGACUCUCUCCUCAGACUCUCUCCUCAGACUCUCUCUCCUCAGACUCUCUCUCCUCAGACCUCUCUCCUCAGACUCUCUCUCUCAGACCUCUCUCCUCAGACUCUCUCCUCAGACUCUCUCUCCUCAGACUCUCUCUCCUCAGACCUCUCUCCUCAGACUCUCUCCUCAGACCUCUCUCCUCAGACUCUCUCCUCAGACUCUCUCCUCAGACUCUCUCUCCUCAGACUCUCUCCUCAGACUCUCUCCUCAGACUCUCUCCUCAGACUCUCUCUCCUCAGACUCUCUCCUCAGACUCUCUCCUCAGACUCUCUCCUCAGACUCUCUCCUCAGACUCUCUCCUCAGACUCUCUCCUCAGACUCUCUCCUCAGACUCUCUCCUCAGACUCUCUCCUCAGACUCUCUCCUCAGACUCUCUCCUCAGAGACUCUCUCAGACUCUCUCCUCAGACUCUCUCCUCAGACUCUCUCCUCAGACUCUCUCCUCAGACUCUCUCUCCUCAGACCUCUCUCCUCAGACCUCUCUCCUCAGACUCUCUCCUCAGACUCUCUCCUCAGACUCUCUCCUCAGACUCUCUCUCCUCAGUCUCUCUCUCCUCAGACUCUCUCUCCUCAGACUCUCUCCUCAGACUCUCUCUCCUCAGACUCUCUCUCCUCAGACUCUCUCCUCAGACCUCUCUCCUCAGACCUCUCUCCUCAGACCUCUCUCCUCAGACCUCUCUCCUCAGUCUCUCUCCUCAGACUCUCUCCUCAGACCUCUCUCCUCAGACUCUCUCUCCUCAGACUCUCUCCUCAGACUCUCUCUCCUCAGACCUCUCUCCUCAGACCUCUCUCCUCAGACCUCUCUCCUCAGACUCUCUCCUCAGACUCUCUCUCCUCAGACUCUCUCUCCUCAGACCUCUCUCCUCAGACCUCUCUCCUCAGACUCUCUCCUCAGACUCUCUCUCCUCAGACUCUCUCCUCAGACUCUCUCCUCAGACUCUCUCCUCAGACUCUCUCUCCUCAGACUCUCUCUCCUCAGACCUCUCUCCUCAGACUCUCUCUCCUCAGACUCUCUCUCCUCAGACUCUCUCUCCUCAGACCUCUCUCCUCAGACCUCUCUCCUCAACCUCUCUCCUCAGACCUCUCUCCUCAGACCUCUCUCCUCAGACUCUCUCCUCAGACUCUCUCCUCAGACUCUCUCCUCAGACUCUCUCCUCAGACUCUCCUCCUCAGACCUCUCUCCUCAGACUCUCUCCUCAGACUCUCUCCUCAGACCUCUCUCCUCAGACUCUCUCCUCAGACUCUCUCUCCUCAGACUCUCUCUCCUCAGACUCUCUCCUCAGACUCUCUCUCCUCAGACCUCUCUCCUCAGACCUCUCUCCUCAGACUCUCUCCUCAGACUCUCUCCUCAGACCUCUCCUCAGACUCUCUCUCCUCAGACUCUCUCUCCUCAGACUCUCUCCUCAGACUCUCUCUCUUUAGACCUCUCUCCUCAGACCUCUCUUGGUCUGUGUGCAGAGGUGAGGAGCUGUGUGAGGGGUUUGGAGCACGUGGCCGAUGCCUUUUCCUCGAGUGGCUGUGAACUGUAA